AAAAUCUGUUUGAGGAUGUACAGGUACGGGACCCUGCGUAAAAAGCGUACUAUGCGACCUUAUCACUGACAAUGAAUUAAUAUCAUACAUACGAGUGAAAACCCCAACUCCAGAAGGUCUCAAGCUCCGAGCUAAUCGCGUCACUUACGUAUUCCUCCGAGAAGGUUGGUGGGAGUCUGCCGAGAGCCUGCACUUGUCGUUUUUUUACAGAGCUCCUUUUCGGUAUAAAGGCACAUCGCUGAACACAGGACAUCAUUCGCAUCUGCUUUUCCAAGAUCUCAAUAUCCAAUCAACACAUAAUGAAGAUGUUAGCGCUAAUGUUGGUGAGCAUCGCGCUGGCGGAGGGCGGGGGAUCAGGGCCGUACUCGCCGCGCGGCUGGAGACCAGACGGACCCUCCUUCUUGCUGCCUUCAGAGAUCGUGGAAGCAUCACCAACACCAGCAGUGGAGUCGAGCCUCCCGGGCUCCGAGGCGUCAGGCUCUGAAUUCCUCAGAGAGUACGGUCCUCCCAAAGUACAAGACAUAUCCCAGAACCUGCUGAACCAGGGUCUGCCGGACGUGGCGAUGGAGCAACUCUUCGAGCUGUCGGCUCACAGUGCUGGCUCGAGCCAAGUUGUUGCUGAAAAAGUUGUUGAAGUUUCUGAAGUUCAACCUGAAGCAGUAUCAGCAGAGUUGCCAUCUGCAGCUGCAGUAGAUGACUACCCGCCCAUUUCCGCCGAACUACCAAUCUUAGACUUCGUAGUCAAAGCAACGACUACCAUUCCUAACAUUGAACCGGCUACAGAAGUUAGCAGUCAAUCGAAUCAGCAAGAGUCUAAUGUGCAAUCGAAUCAGCAAAGUUCGCAAGCAUCGUCACAGUACGUUAGUGAGCUAACGAAUCAACAAAAUUCGGAAACUCAGUCUACAGAAUUCGAGACACAGCAAGACUCUCAAGAAUCGGCGACAGUCCAAACGAAUCAACAAGAAUCUGCACAAGCUUUGGAGUCUCAGCAGGAGUCAUCCACAGUGAGCGCCUUGGAGAAGGUCACAGCAUCGGUCGAUUCUGUCGGCAACACGGAGGUGUUGCUGGUGAACAUACCCGCGAUAUACGACCAGAACGUCCCCGAGCUCCAGAACAUACCCGAUAUCAUCGCUGGCUUGGAGAAGGAGGUUUUGACGGAACAGGCUGCAGCGAAGCAGGCAGGGAGCGAGGUGCCGGAGGGGUUCCUGGAGUACGGACCCCCGGCCUUCGCCGAGUACGGACCUCCAAAACGAGAACCAUCGGGGAAUCUUCGAGCUAUAGAUACCAACGAGACUAGGAGGCGACGGUUUUCACCCAGAAUAAGAUUCGGAAAGAAGUAAACAGUAACCACCGGGAUGAGAAUAUCGAACACUUAGGACAUGCGUGCGAUGAUUUUAUCUACUUGUGAAG